AUGUAAUCCCAGUAAUAUUCGUAAGACCAGAAGUACUCGGAGGAGUUUGUGCUGUUGGCCAUGUCAGUGGUGCCUUUUCAGCCAGCCCAGAACUCCGACCCAGUGCUUUGCCUCACUGUGCUGCAUUGCCCUCAGAAAGGGAAUUGCACAACCCGUGCCUGUGCCAAUCGCUCGGGGUCCCGCGGCUCAAGGACUCCUGGGGACUGGAAACAUCCGUGAGACAGUAACUCGUGUUAUUAUUCCUCAGGAUGUUUUAAACUGAGGCGGGCGCCCUGUAACCGAGGGACAGUGUGGACAAGUGCCAGCUGGAUCACAGGCAGGCCCUUCCCUCAGAGCAGUGCUCUGUCCUGGGAGCUCCUGACACGGCCGGUCUGGAAAACGUUCCCGAAUGUGUCUGACGGGAAGGGCUGGCUCUGCAGGGGCCACACCAGGCGUGGCCGAGGGCCUGUCCAGCCUGGAGGGGGCUGAGGUCAGAGCUCACCGGGGCUGCGGCUCCUCCUGAGGGGCAGCUCCGGGCUCUGCUCCCCGUGACCAGGGACAGCACCCAGGAACGUCUGCAGCUGGGUCUAGAGGGGUUUAGGCUGGAUUUCAGGGAAAGGUUCAUCCCCAGAGGGUGCUGGUCACUGCCCAGGCUCCUCAGGGAAUGGGCACGGCCCCACAGAGCUCCAGGAGUGUUUGGAGAGCUCUCCAGGGAUACUCAGGGUGGGGUUGUUGGGGUGUCUGGGCAGGAACAGGGACGGGACUGGAUGGUCCCUGUGGGGCCCUUCCAGCUCGGGAAGUUCUCUGACUUAGCAGUGACUUGAUAAAACGCUUCAUGGACUGGAAUGCCCACAUCCUUUGCUUUGCUCGCACGACCUUACGAGGUCUAAACGCGCACGGGCGGCGCUGAGGCGGCUCCGGGAGCAGUUCCGGGGCAGCCUCGCUGCUGCGGCGGCUCCGGGAGCGGUUCCGGGGCCGGCCCUGGGAACGGUUCCGGGGCCAUGUCCGGUGUCGCUGCCGCUUCCUCGGCGGGCGAUUCGAAGGCGAUGUUGGGGGCCGGCGCCUCGGCGGGCGGGCAGGACCCGCUGUCGCUGUGCCCGGCGCUGGAGCAGUCGCUGUCGCUGCUGGAGCCGGGCGCCGGCCGGGCGGAGCGGGAGCGGGCGGACGAGGCGCCCAUGCCCAUGGUGUUCCUGUGUGCCGGCUGCCGGCGGCCCGUGGGCGACACGUCCAGCUGGGUGUCCAACGACGAGGAGAGCGGCUGCAUCCUGCUGCGCAGUGUGGCCGCCAGCGUCGCCGUGGACCCGGAGCGGAAGAUCUCCAACCUGCCCGGCGAGUGCGGAUGCUUAGUAGAAACCUUAUUCUGCUCUGGCUGCUCAAAGACACUCGGCAGCAUCUACAGGUGCACCUCGAGGAGCCUCGACUACAAGAGAGAUUUGUUCUGUUUCACUAUUGACUCCGUUGAAAGGUAAGUACAGAAUGGUCGUGUGCCAGCUCCACUUCACUC